GUAGAAACAAAAGUUCUAAGCAGGACAGGUACCCCUUCCUAUUGGAAGCAAGUCAAAAACAAAGGUACUUUCUGAAAAUGCGCUUAACAUGUAAAACAAUUUAUAGAUAUCUCUUUUUACUCUGUGCAUAUGUCAUUGUGUUUAUUUUUGUUGCAUUCCUUUAGUGUGGCCAAUGGAAUUCCUCAAUAUAAUUUCUCAAAGCUGGAUGAACUCAUGGAUCUUCUGAUGGAGAAUGACUUGGUGCCAGGCUUCGAGCUUAUGGGAAGUCCAUCUGGAUUUUUUACUGAUUUUGAAGAUAAAAUGCAAGUGAAAGAAUGGCAACAACUAAUCUAUUUAACAGCAAAAAGGUACAUAGAAAAAUAUGGAUUAUCUCAUGUCUCAUCAUGGAACUUUGAAACAUGGAAUGAGCCAGACAAUCAUGAUUUUGACAAUGUGUCAAUCACCGUGACAGGUUUUCAGAAUUACUAUGACGCCUGCUCGGAGGGCCUCAAACAAGCAAGCCCUCUUCUAAAAUUUGGGGGACCUGGGGAUUCAUGCAGAUCACCACCAAAGUCACCCUUCUGUUGGGGUCUUCUGAGCCACUGCUUCAAUGGGACUAAUUUUUUCACUCAAGAAACAGGUGUUAGGCUUGAUUAUAUCGCCCUACAUAAAAAGGGAGGUGGAAGAUCAUUUCCCAUUUUGGAGCAAGAAAUCAACACUGUUUCUGAAAUUCAAACACACUUUCCCACGUUCAAGUCAGUCCCUAUAUACAAUGAUGAGGCAGACCCACUGGUUGGAUGGUCGACACCACAGUCAUGGAGGGGUGAUGUAACAUAUGCUGCCAUGGUAGUAAAGGUAAUAGAUGAACACUUAGACUACAUGCUGUCAAAAGAAAAUCAAAGAAUGAACUACAGCUUGCUAAGUAACGAUAAUGCCUUCAUGAACUAUUACCCUCACUACUUUAUUCAGAGGACACUUACAGCAAGAUUCCAGAUGAACAACACUAAGCCCCCACAUGUCCAGAUGGUGAGAAAACCAGUGCUAACUGUAAUGGGCUUGCUGGCAUUAUUAGGUGAUGUACACAUUUCCACACAAAUAUACAUGGAUGAUAAUAAGUCGAUCAACAAUAGUAACAUUGGAGUCAUAGCAAGCACACAUGAUCCUGAAAAAGACAUUCUGUCUGACAGUUGGCAAUCAACCAUACUACUUUAUGCAUCUGAUGAUAACAAAACAUCUACAGAUACAAAGUUUUUAACAUUAAAUUUCACAAAUUUCCCAAAAUCAAAAGGUAAUUUUUUCAGUUUUUCAGUAAUCAAUAUUAAUUAA